UUGGGAGGGUGCGGGGCCUGGGACCGUCCUGGUCGUGGAGACCCAGCAUCCAAGGAACAUGGGAACUGGAGUCCCAGCAUCGGAGCAGAUCAGCUGUGCCAAAAGAGACUUGCAGGUGCAUUGUCCCGAAGAUGCUGGAGGCACGGACGCUGUGCCAAUUACGGACUGCGGGAGCCCUGAGGCCAGUCGAUCCCCCACGGAGCCAGGCGGCUGUAAUCCUGAGGACUCUGGGCAGCUGAUGGCCUCCUAUGAGGGUAAUGCUAGGGGCUACCAGGUACCUCCCUUUGGCUGGCGCAUCUGCCUGGCUCAUGAGUUUACAGAGAAGAGGAAACCCUUUCAAGUUAACCACGUCUCCCUAAAGAAUUUGAUAAAGCAUUUGGGCAUGGGCUUGAGGUACUUGAAGUGGUGGUACCAGAAGACUCAGGUGGAAAAGAAAAUGCCUUUCAUCGACAUGUUCAAUUGCAUACCUCUGAGACAGAUCUAUGGUUGCCCCUUGGGCGGCAUUGGGGGCGGCACGAUCACCCGUGGAUGGAGAGGUCAGUUCUGCCGUUGGCAGCUUGACCCUGGAAUGUACCAGCACCGGACAGUCAUCGCCGACCAAUUCACAGUGUGCUUGCGUCGGAGAGGACAGACUGUAUACCAGCAAGUCCUGUCACUGGAGCGCCCAAGCGUCCUACGUAACUGGAACUGGGGCCUGUGUGGGUACUUUGCUUUCUACCAUGCCCUCUAUCCCCGCGCUUGGACCGUCUAUCAGCUUCCUGGCCAGAAUGUCACCCUCACCUGCCGCCAGAUCACACCCAUCUUGCCCCAUGACUACAAGGACAGCUGCCUGCCUGUAGGAGUGUUUGUGUGGGACGUGCAAAAUGAAGGGGAUGAAGCUUUGGAUGUGUCCAUCAUGUUUUCCAUGCGCAACGGACUAGGGGGUGGAGAUGACGCCACAGGGGGUUUGUGGAAUGAGCCCUUCAGGCUAGAGCGAGACGGGGAGACUGUGCAGGGGCUGCUGCUGCACCACCCAACUCCACCAAAUCCCUACACCAUGGCUGUGGCUGCACGCCUCACGGCAGAUACCACGGUCACCCACAUCACAACCUUUGACCCUGACGGCACUGGGCAGCAGGUGUGGCAGGAUCUACUCCAGGAUGGACAGCUGGACUCCCCUUCUGGACAAAGUGCCCCUUCGCAGAAGGGAGUGGGCAUCGCGGGGGCUGUCUGCGUGUCAAGCAAACUACCACCACGAGGCCAGUGCCGCCUGGAGUUUUCACUGGCUUGGGACAUGCCCAAGAUCAUGUUUGGAGCUAAGGGCCAAGUCCACCACAGGCGGUACACACGGUUCUUUGGCGCAGCUGGUGACGCAGCACCUGCCCUGAGCCAUUAUGCACUGUGCCGAUAUGCAGAUUGGGAAGACAGGAUCUCCGCGUGGCAGAGCCCAGUACUGGAAGACAGGUCCUUGCCGGCCUGGUACAAAUCUGCGCUGUUCAAUGAACUGUACUUCGUGGCUGACGGAGGCACGGUGUGGCUAGAGGUUCCUGAGGACUCCCUGCCGGAGGAGUUGGGAGACAACAUGAGUCAGCUGCGCCCCAUCCUCUGUGACUACGGCCGCUUUGGCUACCUCGAGGGCCAGGAGUACCGCAUGUACAACACAUAUGAUGUCCACUUCUAUGCUUCCUUUGCCCUCAUCAUGCUCUGGCCUAAACUCGAGCUCAGCCUACAGUAUGACAUGGCUCUGGCCACCCUGAAGGAGGACUUGACUCGGCGACGAUACCUGAUGAGUGGGGAGAUGGGACCUGUGAAAAGGAAGAAUGUCAUCCCCCAUGAUAUUGGGGACCCAGACGAUGAGCCGUGGCUCCGGAUCAACGCAUACUUGAUCCAUGACACUGCUGACUGGAAGGACCUGAACCUGAAGUUUGUGCUGCAGGUUUAUCGGGACUAUUACCUGACGGGUGACCAAGCCUUCCUGAAGGACAUGUGGCCUGUGUGUCUGGCUGUGAUGGAGUCUGAAAUGAAAUUUGACAAGGACCAUGAUGGACUCAUUGAGAAUGGAGGCUACGCAGACCAGACCUACGACGGAUGGGUCACCACCGGCCCCAGUGCUUACUGUGGAGGGCUAUGGCUGGCAGCCGUGGCCGUGAUGGUUCAAAUGGCUGCACUGUGUGGGGCUCAGGACGUGCAAGAUAAGUUCUCCUCCAUCCUUCACCGGGGCCAAGAAGCGUAUGAGAGACUGCUGUGGAAUGGUCGCUAUUACAACUAUGACAGCAGUGCCCAGCCUCAGUCCCGUAGUGUCAUGUCUGACCAGUGUGCUGGCCAGUGGUUCCUGAAGGCCUGUGGCCUAGGAGAAGGAGACACUGAGGUAUUUCCCACACCACAUGUGGUCCGUGCACUCCAAACCAUCUUCGAACUCAACGUGCAAGCCUUUGCAGGAGGAGUUAUGGGGGCUGUGAAUGGGAUGCAGCCUCAUGGUGUCCCCGACAGAUCCAGCGUGCAGUCUGAUGAAGUCUGGGUGGGUGUGGUCUACGGGCUGGCAGCCACCAUGAUCCAAGAGGGCCUGACUUGGGAGGGCUUCCGGACAGCGGAAGGCUGUUACCGCACCGUGUGGGAGCGCCUGGGCCUGGCCUUCCAGACCCCAGAGGCCUACUGCCAGCAGCAGGUGUUCCGUUCGCUGGCCUAUAUGCGGCCCCUGAGCAUCUGGGCCAUGCAGCUGGCCCUGCAACAACAGCAAGAGAAAAAGACCUCCAGGCAGACAGCUGCACAGGACAGAGAACCUAGCAAAGGGCCUAAACCUGGACCAAAGGAACUGCCUUAGCAAACCUGAGCCCAGAGUGAACCCUGGGAAGUGUGGGAGGGAAGUGCUCACAAGCCCAGCCUGCAGCCUGGCCUUUCCUCCCCUCCCCCUGCAAACCCUCCUGCAGCCCUGAGCCACCAGGACAAUCAUACUCCUUCCCUCCUCCCCACCCAGCUGUGCCAGUGAAGAGGGGUUGGGGUCAUCCAGGCAUUAGAAUCACUUAUUUAUUUCUUUUUUCAUCCUUUCCGUCUCUGCAUGAAAUGUUCUAGGAUGUCACUGAUUUCCCUAGCUCCAUCCAUGGGGUGUUAAACACACAUGGAUACACCAAUAAAAGACCCAGAAGGCCA